GCACCGGAUCUCCCUGACCCUGCGGAGUGGACACGACCUCAGCGCCCAGAAACGUGCCGUUCACCGUCUCCGCCACCAGCGUCAGACCGAACCCCGGAGACCUGCACACAACACACAGAGCAAUUUAAAACAUCUUUCGCCUGAUCCGAGACACAACGGCUGCUGUUGUUAUUGCUGAAACUCAGGAUUUUCAAGACUACACAAAAACGAUGAGUGCAUCCAAACUUCAAGAAAGUGGUGAGGUGAGAAUCGCACACUCUCUACAUAAGAAAGAGGAGGAGUUUGUAGUCAGAAGGAGAGAAAUGGUUUUUCAAAGCCUGCAGAAACUCCAGAUACACUGCAGUCAGACAGAAGUGCCGAACAUUGCGUUACUGGGUUCUGGAGGAGGACAAAGAGCCAUGGUGGGUUUGCUGGGAUCCCUGGUUCAGCUUGAUAAAGCAGGUCUUCUGGACUGCAUCCUUUAUCUGAGCGGAGUCUCUGGAUCCACCUGGUGUAUGGCCUCCUUAUACCAAGAACCAGACUGGUCCACCAAACUAGAGACCGUGAAAGACAAAAUCAUAGAGAGACUCAGUGGAUCAGGUGUCAGAUGGACAGACGCAUUGGCCAAACUGAAGAAAUAUUACAAUGGGAAAGACUUCUUCAGCUUGACUGACGUCUGGGCAGUGAUAGUAGUCACAAAAUUUGUGAAAGAGAUUGACGAACUCACACUCACAGAUCAGUGGGACCAUCUCAGUAAAGACCCGUUUCCCAUCUACACAGUGAUCGACAAGCAAUGCAAACAGGAGGAGAAGAGAGGAGUCACAGCAGACCCCUGGUUUGAGAUCAGUCCACAUGAAGCAGGUUAUUCCCUCACUGGAGCGUUUGUGGACACCUCCAGCUUCGGCAGCCAGUUUCACAAGGGCUCAAAGAAAAAACACCAGCCUGAAAUGGACAUGCUGUACCUGCAGGCUAUGUGUGGCAGCGCUUUAGCUGAUGGAGAGGAGAAUAAAAAAAUCUUCUGGGAAUACAUAAAAGAUUUCUUUAAACAUUUAAUACCUAUAAUAGAAUUGGAGAUGUUUGAGGAAAGCAGUAAAGAUCCAAAUGACCCACCUAUACACAAGUGUCUUCAGGUGCUCAUGGAUCUUGUGGAUGUGAAUCUUGCCAUUUUGAAUGACACUGAUCCUUCUGAUCUUGUUCAAUCCAUCAGAAAAACACUGAAAGAGCUCGGUGGAGGCAAAUGUCAGCUGAUUUUUCCAGGGGGAAAAAGUGAUCUUGCUGAAAAACAAGUUGCAAAAUCCACUGAGGAUGUAUGUGCUCAUUUGAGUAAUUUGUUUCAUUCAGAGCUUUUUGUUGUUCAGAUGCUGACACGCAUUUUUAUAUGCAUGGCUCGGUGGAUCUGGGGCAGGAAUUAUAACUUCCUCCACAAAAUGACAGAUAAAAAAGUGCCUCCUACUCUUCUGAAAAGUAAGACGAGAGACUGUGAAGACGCCGGACUGUUGCUGAACUCACCCUACUUCUCAGUGCUGAGAGAAGAACGAAACAUUGAUCUCAUCAUUUCCCUGGAUUUCAGUGAUGGAGAUCCUUUCACGACAGUGACUGAAACUUGCAAGCUGUGUGAGGAACUAAACAUCCCUUUCCCUGAAGUCAACAUUCCCAGUGAAGACCUGAAAAAACCAAAGGACUUCUAUGUGUUCAAAGGCCAAAAUAAAACUCCAACUGUGAUUCACAUCCCUCUGUUUAAUUACGUCAACUGUGGAGAUGAUAUUAAGAGCUGGAGGAAAAGAUAUAAGACCUUUCAAGGUCCUUACAGCACUGAGAUGAUCACUGCUCUUAUGAAGGUCUCUGGAAAAAACAUCUCAAACAACAGAGAGAAACUGCUGGAGGAGAUUCGAGCAGCCAUUAAGCAGAAAAGACACAACUGAUUAUCAGUGAAGUGCAGUGCUCUGAAACGAGGUGGCAAAGUCCUUACUGUUUGCUUUAAUGUUUUCUUUUUAAUGUAAUUUUUUUGAUGUUUAACAUUUUUUGUUUAAUAUGUUUCUGCAUGUUUCAGUUUGUUCCUUCAUGCUUGACUUUCAUUAAGCAAUAAACAGAUAAUCAUUAAUAAACAAAUCAACCAUACCACAGACGUGAUUACAAUCAUUGUUGGAGAA